CUCAGGGAGUCAGAGGGACCUGCAGCUUGACCUGCACUCUGUGGAAGCACAGCAGAUGCAAAACUUUACCUUUCCUUCCAUGUUCUUUUUUUAUGUGACAUUUUAAAGUGCCUUUGAAACAAUCUGAAUUUUCUUUAACAACUACUUUGGGCUUACUGCGAUCAAGGAGCCUCCGGAGCUCCGUGCUGUCCUGACUGCAUCGCCAUGGGGCUCAAAGCUGCUCUUCCCAAGUAUGAGAUUUAUUUCUACAACACUGUUUUGUGUCUGGCCAUGUUCUGGGCCACUAGCUGGAUCUUUGAGGUGUCCAGUUCCAGUGCAAACAGAAAGACUUUCAAAACCAGCGUGAAGCCAGGAUGGUACUACUUUGGGAGGAAAAUGGAAACUGCAGAUUUCGAGUGGCUGAUGUGGUUUUCCACCUUUAGAGACCACAUCAUAUUUGCGCUCUCUGGUCAUGUGCUGUUUGCCAAGAUCUGCUCCAUGCUGGCUCCACAGUAUCGGUCCUUGGUAUAUAUGGUGUAUGGCCUGCUUGCUGUGUGGACCAGCAUGGGCUGGACCUAUGUCACCCUCAUCCUCUCCCACUGUAUCCUGCUCUACAGCAUCUCUUUAGUGAAAAUCCGCUGGCUUUGCUUCGUCACUGGUCUUUGUACGCUGGCUACAUUCAAGUGUGAACCCUUCAUUUCCUGGCAGGCAGGUUUUGUGGAAGGGGACUUUGAGUUGCGUCCUGUUUUCUUCUAUGGAGGAUGUGGGUUUACAAUCAUGCGUUGUAUGAGUUUUGCUCUGGAGAACUGUGAAAGAAAAGAUGGCAACUACAACAUCUUGGAGCUGCUCAAGUACAACUUCUACCUCCCUUUCUUCUAUUUCGGGCCUAUCAUGACUUUUGAUAAAUUUUAUGUUCAAGUCAACAGGUGUGACCUUACCAGGAAAGAGCGGGAGAUGUGGAAUAUCAACCUGCACGGUGUGAUCCACCUUAUCGUCAUCAUUGUAGUGGACAUCCUUUUCCACUUCAUGUACAUCCUCACCAUCCCCACUGACUUGAAGCUGAUGAAGCACCUGUCUGACUGGGCUCUAGUGGGGCUGGCUUACUUUAACCUGGUGUAUGACUGGGUGAAAGCAGCUGUGAUGUUUGGAGUCAUCAACACGGUAUCCAGACUGGAUCACCUUGACCCUCCUAAACCACCAAAAUGCAUCACCAUGCUCUAUGUGUUUGCUGAAACUCACUUCGACAGAGGGAUCAACGAUUGGCUGUGCAAGUAUGUGUAUAAUUACCUGGGUGGAAAGCACGAGAACAUGGUGGAGGAGCUUGUGGCUACACUGUGCACCUUCGGCAUCACCAUCCUCUGGUUGGGACCCUGUCAGGUGGUCCUGGUCUGGGCUUUCCUGAACUGUUUUGGUCUCAACUUUGAGCUGUGGACAGGCAAAUUCUUCUCCGUGGAGCCAUUUAGCUCUUUUGAGAUGGCAAUGUCAGAAGCGAUGUCUCGGCGCAUCAGAGCCAUCUUCAACACUUUUAACUUCUGGAGCAUUGUGUUGUACAACAUUCUGGCCUUGAACAGUUUGGACUUUGCAAAGUUGGUUGCCAAACGGCUGCUUCUAAAAGGCUUCCCCAUAACCACCAUCAUCGUCAUGUUUGUGACCUACUGUCUGAUUCAAGUGAUCAAGGAGCAAGAGAGGAGACAGGCACUCAUAGACGAUCCCGAUCCACUCCCACCAGCACCGCCUCCAAACGCUGCCACCAGUCCUACCACCUCUGCAACUGCACCCACUGCUGCUCAGCCAGUCGCAGAUCCCAGCAAAGAAAAAGCAGAGUAGAUAUUUAAUUUUUAACGAAUGGUUACAAUGAUGAAAAUUGUGAGUUCUGUCCAAAUGCUAACAGUAUUAUGAGUUUGAAUGGAUGCAGACAAGCUCGCUGUAAAUAAAAUUUUAAGUAUUUUUACCUAAGGGAGAAUUUAAAACUUAAUGAAAAAAAAUUACAGUAAAUGAAUAUUUACUGUAACAUAUUGUGAAGUUCACCUGUAUACUAACCAGGACUAACAAUAAAACUACAUUGUCGGGACUGUGAUUGGUCUAGAGCAAAAGUAAAGAUUAGUGAAAACAUUUGUACUUUGUGUGUUUAUGCAGGUUUUUGUUCUCUCCGAUGAAACUGCUGGCGCUUUUUACACUACAUGAGUCAGUGUUGAGUCUUGUCAUAGUACCGUGAGCCAUUUCUGUUGCAUUACAUCAGCACUUUGUCACUGAAUCCUGUUUGCUGCUUCCACAUGGAAAACACUUUGAAUACUGUUGGGAGGGAGUGCUACAGACACCUGUGGUGAAUCACUGCUCUGACCAGAACAAGGCAAUAAAAUGGAUUUAAUAACAUCAAA